AUUGUAGAGUCUUAAUUGCUUGCGCAGCUUCUCUUCAUGUCUCAUCGUCCACACUGAGGUUUGAUUGCUGGAUCUACGGUUUAAGAAUGUGUUCAUUUAAUAAAAAUGUCAAACUUAUUCAGGAAAGUCUUCAUAUUAAAUCACCUUUGGUUGAAAAUUUGUCCUGCAGUGAAUACUCCAAUGGCAGACCAGUGUAUCUCAAAUUGGAUAACAAUCAACCCGGUGGCUCAUUUAAAAUCAGAGGAAUUGGUCGAUCAUGUCAAUUAGCAAAGGAACAGGGUUACGAUGAAAUUGUAUGCCCUUCUGGUGGCAAUGCUGGAGUAGCCUCAGCUUAUGCAGCGCGAAUGUUAAACUUGAAAGCUAUCAUUGUCAUAUUUAAAAUCACGUCAGAAGAAAUUGCUAACAAAAUUGAAAAAGAAGGUGCUCAAGUGGUACGUUAUGGGAAUAGAUCGGAUGAAUCUAUUGAUCACGCCAAGUAUUUAGCCUCAGAUAAGACCAAAAGACGUAAAUUCAUCCAUCCCUUUGAUGAUCCAGCAGUUUGGGAAGGUAACAGCUCAUUGAUUGAUGAGAUUUAUCGAGAUUUGAAUGGUGUUCAGCCAUCUUUGAUUGUCACUUGUUGUGGUGGUGGUGGACUGUUUUGUGGUAUCAUGAAGGGAUUGGAAAGAUAUAAAUGGCAUUCGACUGGAGUAUUGGUAAUGGAAACCACAGGCUCAGGAUCUUUUAAGGCGAUGACGGAAAAUGACUACAAACCAAUUAAAAUUGUUUGUGAUACUCUGGCCAAAACACUUACUUCGGUAAUUGUGUGUCAAGAAGCAGCCAAUUAUGCUUCAAACCCGAAAUUUAAUGUUUACUCAGAGGUUGUCACUGAUUUAGAAGCUAUGGAAGCUUGUUUACUCAUUGCUGAUCAUCAACGAAUCAUGGUUGAACUAUCAUGUGGAACUGUAUUAAGUGCUCUUUACAAGGGAAUUGUCUCUCAAAUAUUGAGUAGUCAUCCUAAUUUACCAGAUGGACCUUUAGUCAUGAUUGUUUGCGGUGGAAAUGAUGUUAAAUUAAAAGAUAUGAAUGAAUGGAAAAGGCUAGUUGAUGAAGCUAAGGGUUUCAAUUCGUAACCUGGAACUCAUCAAAUCUUUUCUCAAUUUGAUUAAAUUCAUACAGGAAUAGUAAACAAUCAACUUGAUUUUAGAUCCUCAUCAGUUCAGUAAAAGAUUUAUUUUUAAUCUUUCUGAAUGAAAAGAUGUUAAAGUGACAAAAAGUAGUUUUGCAGAAUUGAUUGAAAUUAAAACAAUUUUAUUAAAAUAUUUAAUAAAUAUUCCAUUCGAUUAACAAAAGGUAACAGAGAGUUUCUAGAUUAAUCAGUUUAUAUUAAUAUAACAAUAUAAAUAUUAUCAAAUAUGAAUUGCUGUGAAAUUUUGAGAUAAUAAGGUGGAAGAGGUUGAUUGAAUAAUGGGCCCAGGAUAUGAUUUUGUGGUGAUUUUAUUCACCAAUCCAGAUAAUGAUAGACAAUUGCAUCGCUCAAUAACAGUGUAAGAUGAACAUACACUUUGGCAAAUAAAAAAUCAAAUUAUAA